AUGUCGUUCGUGGAGACCGGGAGGCGCCCGCCUGCGCUGCGCCGACGUCCCGGCACCCCGGCCGCGUCCGCCCGGCCGGCCUUCGCCUUCCCCGCGGGGGGCGGGUGGGGGGACGCGGAGGGGGACGAGGAGGACGGGUGCGACCCGGUGGCCCGCGAUCUGCGGGCGGAGUUCUCGGCCGGGGCGUCGUCGGAGCCCGCGGAGCGCCCGCUGCUCCGCGGGGGCGGGGGCGGGGACGGCUCGCCGGUCCUGCCCGAGAAGCGCAACGGCGUGUUGGCGGCGGGCGGCCAGGGUGCGGCGCGGCGCCGGCCGGUGCGGGUGCUGUCGAUCCUGUGCUCGCUGCUGUUCGCGGUCCUCGUCGCCUUCCUCCUCGCCAUCGCCUACCUGGUGGUGAAAGAGUUACAUGCUGAGAAUUUAAAGACUGAAGACGACACAGACACCGGGCUACUAGGGUUCUGGACUCUACUUAUAAUAUCUCUAUCUGCUGGAUUCUCCUGCUGUAGCUUUUCUUGGACAGUGACUUAUUUUGACUCUUUUGAACCAGGGAUGUUUCCUCCUACUCCUCUUUCACCUGCCAGGUUCAAGAAACUGACUGGACAUUCUUUCCACAUGGGCUACAGCAUGGCAAUUUUGAAUGGCAUUGUUGCUGCUCUUACUGUAGCAUGGUGCCUCAUGUAAACCCACACCGAAAGCACUAUUUUUGGCAAAACUUAGUCAUGAUCGCUUUGUAAUAACAGGGAAGAACAUCAUUUGUCUACUGAGAAGACCAAGAAACCUGCUGUUACGUGGUUCAGAUACAUGUCAUAUCAUCGUCAUUAUGGAGGACCUUCCUUUUUUUUUUUUUUUUUUUUUUUUUUUUUUAAUGGAGGACCUUCGUUAGCACCAUUCUAGAAUUUAGGCAUUUAGAAUAUCUGAGUGUUAAAUUUCAAGUAAUUUCUUAAAAAUGUAAGAUGUUUACCUCAUCUUUUUACUUUUGUGUGCGUUGUCCUUAUAAAUUAUAGAAAACAUUUUAAUUGAAUUCAAACAUGAAAACUUGAAUAUAGGAUAAUGCUAUGUAUAAUACUACAUUUUUGCUAAGAAAUACUAGUAGUACUGUUUAAAUGAGAUAGAAAUACUUCUUAUUUAUUCAUGAUACUAGAAAAGCAAACAAUGCCAACUAUUUCAACAUUUUGUAGAAGCUACUUUGAAAUCAGAAUAUUUAGUUUUCAAUAGUCAUAAUCAGUGGAAGGUGCAUUUAUAUUUUUAAAGGAGGUAUAAUUGCGUAUGUGGUUUUUUUUAAUAUAUUUUCCUACUACAUAUUGAUUUUGUAUGUUUUUAAAAUUGCUACAUCUAGAUAAAUGUUAUUUUUUAGCUGGUGAAAGCCUAAUACCUACCAUUUUAAAUAAAUACUGUGUUUUUUUAAAAAAAGCAAAAAAACACAAAAGACAAUCUGAUUUUAAAAUUAAGUAAACCUAUUUUCGCAAAAAAAAAUACUUAAGGCAUUAAAAUAUUGAGAAAUUUGAAGUUGUUCACUAUUUGUUUCCACAGUUGGAAAUAUUUGUCUUGGUGUAUACAUGAUUACUCCGAUAGAAAUGGUAUUAGUUUGUUUUUAAUAAAUAUAAAUCUGAAAGUUUUAUAUUUAGAAAUGCUUGAACUACUUUGUUUUUAAUCUCAGAAAUUUAGUUACCAAAAUAGAAAAGGUAUUUUGAUAAUGUAUAUAUGUAUAGUCUUUUUACAUAUAGUUUCAUAAUAUUUAUAUUUAAAUGUUCUUCUACAAUUGUUUGUUUUUGUUUUAUAGUAAUAAAGCUUAAUUGUUCCCACUUCUUUUCUAAAUACCUGUUUGGGAAAUACAAUUUUAGAAAGAUGAACUAUUUAAAAUACUGUUUUCCCUGGCCAUAGAAAAACUUAUAUUAGGAAGGCAUUGUGUAGCAAAACUACUUAUUCAGGCCAAAUGGGAAAGGAGUAUGUGCAGUGUGUUCCUGUUUAUCUACUAAGUGUUGUUACUGAGUAAAUGAUUUAAUGAUA